AUGUCACAUCGAAGUAGAGGCUGUCUUCGCUGCCGCCAACGACGAGUCAAGUGCGACCGCAGUCGCCCUUCGUGUCAACGUUGUAUCGCCCGCAAUGAGCUGUGUGUAGGGUAUCGAGAUGAAGGCGACCUCAUGUUCCAACACGAAACUGCAAAAGUUGUCCUGAAGAGCCAAGCUUCUAUUCCUUCAAACUCGUCUAGUUCCAGCAGCUCAAAAUCUCCCCGAGAAAAUCGUACAAGGAGUAGAUCGGUUGAGCGUGCCCCCGAGAGCGCGUUCUCUUCGACUACUCCUGUCAAUCUUCCAGCAGCAUUUCCAUGGUUAAAAGACCCGCCCAAAACAGAGUCCGCUUCCAAGGAUGAACAGAUAGCGAACAUCUUCAUGGAGAAAUACGUGUUGCUUCCUUGUAACGAGUCAUCCUCCCCUGGCUUUCUUGAGCAUCUCCCUUGUUUGUUCAAAGAAGUCAACAUUGAGGGCCGCUACGCAUUGAGAUUCGCUGUUCAAGCAUGUGCCUUGGCAGACCUUUCUCGUGAACAAAGCUCAGAGGAAUUAGUCGAGAGGUCGCUCGAGCUCUAUGGUUAUGCUCUUAGUGCCCUUGGACAAUCGCUGGCUGAGAAGAACAAGACUCCAGAUGAUUACGAUUUGAUGGCAGUCGUUAUGCUAGACAUAUUUGAGGUGAAUACACUACACAACUGCACUCAACCUACCAAGCUUACACUCCUACGGACAAUAUUUAUGCCUGACUCAUCGACAACUGGUGCGCACGCCCAGGGCAUGGCACAUAUUUUGCGACUCCGUGGCCAGGAGCAAUUCCAUGAUCCCCGUGGCUGGGGUCUGUUCCGUCUAGCUCACCAUAGACUGCAAAAACAAUACUUGGCUAAGCAAUUAAGCCCACUCCCUGAAUCGCAAGGCUGGCUUGACAAGUUGAACGACGAUAUGGCUUCGGUAAAGCUAGAAAAAGACGGUCUAGCAAUCAAUCAGGUGUGUCAGCAGGCAAACCAGUUACUGAGCUCUAUCAAUGCUGGAGACACUGAAGCACACCGUUUGCUAGACCUGAUAGAUGAGAUGCUCCGCCUUGAUCAAGAGGCUACUCACUGGCGAAAGAAACCAGAAUGGAACUUUCAGUCUAGGGCUCGUGAUGAAGUACUCGAGAACAGAGAGUCCAACUUCUGGUUGCCAGAGUCUAUCCAGCUUCAUCCUGACUUAUGGAUGGCCUAUGAGUGGAAUUACCACCGUACUGCGCGCAUCAUUCUUCAUCAGAAACUGGUGGCUUGCUUGGAAAUGGUCAAUACUGCACUACCAUCAGACUCCAGAGUUGUAUCUCGAACCACAGAGUCAGUCAGCACUGUCCAGUCUUUGGCUGGCGAGGUCCUGGCAACUGUUCCCCAAUCGUUUGGUGACAUCGAUCACCUUGGUCGCUGGCACGCGGGGUCAAAGGCGGCUCGUUGGCAGGCCGUCGGCGCAUACCUUUUGCUUUGGCCUAUAAAGAUCAUCAAAAGCCGGAGCGCCUUGACCACGGGUUCACAGAAAGAGGAUGCACAGAGAGUGUUUGAACGGAUCAGAGAGUGCACGGGCAUCAAGUCAAGCUUGGGUGCUCUAUCCGAGAUCUAA